AUGGACCAAGUGAAUGGAUAUACUUGUCAAUGCAACGUUGGCUUUUAUGGACUCAAUUGCGAAAUAGGUAUUGUUCACCAAGUUUCUUUCUAUACUCUUAGAGCCUUUUUUGCUUUUGUUAAUGCUGUCGAUUUGAUGAUUUUUUAAGGUGUCCUUGACACGCUUGACACAAUGAAACUUAUGUUAUUUCAUAUUGUAACCACCGUCAUAACCCGGGACAGGACGAACCGAUUUUUCCCUUAAUGGAGUUCAUAUUUUGGCAAAACAACUCUUUAUUACUCUCUAAUUUAAAGAUGAUGACGCCAAAUUGUUUUCUCUUUUGCUGGGGAUUUUGACAAACUAAUAAUGCGUUAUACGUUUGUACAGGUCCCGAUAUUUAUUAAUGUUUUUGGCGUGACUUGCUUUUUUUCAAACAGAGUUUUCAAUUAAGGUUUUUUUUAUCCUUAGACAUUGAAUUAUAAAGAGAGCCAAAACCAUAUAUUUCUCUCAAAUUCGCUACAAGAGUUUCGCUUAAAGCUUACUUUUUACAACCAAUACGAAAACUGAGUACUUUUUAUAACGUGUUUUUUCUUUCAUUCUCGAUCAGAAAAAGAAUUUCAAUGUCAAUUCAAUGUGUAUUUUGAACCUGGUAACGCGAUUCAUACAUCAUCUCAAAUCUUGAAAACAUGCAUUAUCGUUACAGAAAUGAAAUAAUUAUGCCCGACUUCACAAACAAAGUAAAAUCAGGGAAAAAUAUAAUGACUCAUACUCUUUUGCUAUGCGGUUCCUGAAGGCCAGUAGGUGAGGUCAGCAACGCUUACGCUUUGCUGAAUGAGCUCUCAAAAAAGCGGCCAUUGAUGAAUCUCGAACGCUUUUUAUAAACAAACACAAAAUAAACAAACGAGCCGUGAACGAAAAAAAAAACCUGAUAGCAGCUGUAUUUAAUUCAGUGGCGGCAGUUGAGGAAUACAAAAGUAAAAUUACACAAAGGUUUAGUUGUCAAUGCAGCACAAAUAUGUACGCAUGAAUUAACCAGUCAAAAUUCUGACCAAGCUUGGAUAAGAUUGGUCCUGGAGGGUAGCUAAGGUAUAAGGAAAGCAUAAUUUUUUUACCGGGGCGUCACCUAACAGGUUUGCUUUUCUCCAAAACAAACAAAUAAUACAUUUCUGGGAUUUCCUUCCCCUCCUUACAAAGUCUCCGUUCCCCAUUUACUAGUGUCUGUGGGGACGUACGUACGUACACUGCACUGUCGUCACAACCAAAUUCAAAGGGUUCAAAUUUCUAUAGAAGAGAGGCUAGCUUGGAAGCACCUCUAACAACAUAUGCUUACGAAAUAAGGCUAGUAAAUAUCUGAAGGAGAUUUAAAUAGCAAUUAGAAACGUAGCAAUAAGUGUUUGUGAGGUAAGGCGUGAGCGUUAUCGCUUUGAUAGUAAAUGAAGAACAACGCGUUGUGGAAAUACGUACUCUCUAGUUCAAGAACCAUAUAUCUUGCUUUAAAGUUUCAGUGAAAAGCAGAAUACAACUUGACAGAAACUUGGUUUAUUUUACAUCUUUCUCGUAAAGGGUUUGAUGACACGUUUUCUUAUUUCAGCUCCAGACGCGUGUAAUCCAGAUCCAUGUGAAAAUGGAAUAUGUUCCAUAAGUGGUGACUCCUACAGUUGCAUUUGUGACCCAGGCUAUGAAGGCGAAAACUGUGACAUAGGUAAUGAUAUCAAUUUGGCACUUUAUGUGCCAUGAGAGUAUUUAGGUGAAAACUAACGGACGCUGAAUUAAUAACGUCCUUAUCUGGCGAAAUUAAUAAAUACAUAGAUUCAUCAAUAUUAGAGUGCUAUAUAAUGUGCAUUAUUAAAUAAAAAAUGCAUUCCCGAGAAAUGGAUUUUGGAAGUGGUGGAAGGGAAUUUACACAUCUAAAUAUUGCAAUUGAGCCUAGACCUAUGAUGUUAGCCCGCGUGCCCCUUGGUACAUUGAGGAAAUCAAGGAGCAGAAAGUGACCUGUCGUAGGCUUGAAAGGCGAUGGCGUCCUUUCUGACUUACUCCCAACUAUCAAUCUUAUACCGACCAACGCCCUGUUGUAAAGCACACCAUUUUCAAAUCAAAAAUGGAUUACUAUUUUAGCCUUAACUAUUCAGCUGAAAGUGACAACAAAACCCUGUUUCGUACAAUUACUCGUCUUCUUCACAGGAAAGCAGAUAAACGUUUCCCUACCAGCUCUUCUGCAAGUUGAUCUCGCCAAUAAAUUCAUCGACUUUUUUGAGGAGAAAAUCGUCAAUAUCAGAAGUAAUCUUGGUACACCUGUAAUUCCUGAUUUCUUCAGGACCCUAGAUACUUGAUCACUAACCUGUCAGCUUGUAAAUUUUGCACCAACUUCUAUUACCGAACUGUCGAACAUUGCUAACAAUAUCAUCAUGAAAUCCUGUAUUUGAAUCCGCUUUCCGCCACCCUACUGGAGCAGCAAUUCGAUUUACUUUUACCAAUCAUCCUGAAGAUUGUCAACUUGUCACUGGAAUUCGGUCAUUUUCCGUCUUCUUUCCGUUUUCUUCUAUCCCGUCUACUUCAGAAAGCCAACUUAGAUCAUGAAGUUCUUGCAAACUACAGACCUUUUUCAGACCUCAAGGUGAUCUCAACAAUUAUUGAAAAGGUCGUCACAGUACGUCUUCAAAAAUAUUUAGAAGCUUACAAGCUAAAUGAGCUGCUAUAAACAUUUCCACAGUUGUGAAACCGUCCUUGUGCGCGUUCACAAUGACGUUUUGGUUGCUAUUGACAAACGUCAUUUUGUCGUGCGUCUGCUCUUAGACCUGUCUGCUGCCUUCAACACUGUGGAUCACGAUAUCCUCCUUACAAGAUUGCACUCUAAAUAUUCUAUCUCUGCCAUAGGUCUUGAAUGGUUUCGCUUCUACCUUACUAAUCGCUCGCAAUUUGCGUUAACCGAAGGGUGUAACUCACAGACUCGCGAGCUCAAGUGCGGUGUACCUCAAGGUCCUGUCCUUGGACCGAUUCUGUAUGUUCUCUAGACAGCACCACUGGCCGACAUUCUACGAUACCAUGAAAUGCACUUUCACUUUCACGCCGAUGACACUCAAUUUCAUAUCUCUUUCUCUACAAACAACGAUAUGGAAUUAACUAACAGUAUCACUAAGAUUGAGGAAUGCCUGUCCGACAUUGAUAAGUGGAUGUCCAUCAACAGACUAAAAGUAAACAAAGACAAGACCGCGCUUCUCUACUUAUUCUCAAAGUAUAAUUCACAACAAUCUCUACUCCCGCUUCGCUUUGGAACUGACAUAAUCAAGCCCUCUUCACAUGCAAGAAAUAUAUAUUGGCUCUACCACCAUGUCAAUGCUUCCCCAAGUCAAAAAUGUUUGUAAAUCUGCCUUUUAUCAUAUUCGCACCAUUUCCCGCAUAAGGAAAUACUUAUCAACGCAAACUGCUGAGAUUCUUAUUCACGCCUUUGCAACUUUCAAACUAGAUCACUGCAUUUCGCUUUUAUAUAAUGUCGCCAAAAGCGUCAUCAAAAAGCAUCAAUCGGUGCAGAAUGUAGCUGCCAGACUGAUUACACGCUCUAGGAAGUGUGAUCACAUCACUCUCAUCCUCUUCGAUCUUCACUGGCUACCUGUUUCUGAACGAAUUAAAUUCAAGAUUCUACUACUUACCUUCAAGGUUCUGCAUCAGCAAACUCCGCCCUACAUUCUAGACCUAAUCACCCGGUACUUACCGUCUAGAUCGCUUCGAUCAUCUUCUACGCUCAGUCUGAAUCCUCUUAGCUUUAACCUUAAUAUAAGACCUAUGGAUCUACAGCAUUCUCUGUCUCAGCCCCCGAACUUUGGAACAAACUACCUGACGACAUACGCUCAAGAGAGAAUCGAUGUCUUUUAAGGCAUAGACUUAAAACGUACCUUUUUAAGAAAUUUUAUUUUAGUCAUUAGGAAGUUUUAUUUGAUUUUAUAUGUUUUAUUUAAGUUUAAAUUUAUUAUAAUCAAUUUUAAUUCUAAUUUUUUCACUUUUUUUAGCGCCGAGAUCUAUUACUGGAUAGACGCUGUAAAAAUCUUCUUCUUAUUAUUAUUAUUAUUAUUAUUAGUUAUUUCCAUAUAUUUCUUGGUUGCAAUACUGCUAAUUAAACACCAGUAAUGUAACCUUAUCAAGGGUAGUUUCUUUUUGCCGUGUAAGUGGUAAAAGUUUGUUUUAAAGCGUUGGCGGUGCUAUGGACGACUGAAUAAUAGAAGCAUAUUCGAAUGUGAUUUUACUAACAGCGACUUCACAUUGUUGGAAACAGAAUAUUUAGCAAUAUUUCUUCUUUCUUAGAGCAAGAACCAUUACAGUUUGAAGUUCAGAUGGAAAUACUUGAGCUAGGCUCUUCUUACGACUCCUCCAUGGCUAACAAUGACACAGACAGUUUCCGCGCUCAAUCUAACACCUUAACCAAUCACGUUUUCGAGCCAUACUUCAGAAGCCAAUUUCCAAGUUUUGACAGAAUGGAAAUUAUUGGCUACUACAAAGGAUUCCCUGGUUUAGGAGUUCGAUACAAACUUUACUUCACCGCCUCCUCUAAUGUAACAAAUGUCAGCAUUGCUCUUUCUCUUCGAGAAGCCAACAAGACGAAAGACAUAAAUUUCUACACCAUUGGGGGAAAUUUGAAGGUGUCCGAAAUACUUCCGAUCUUGUUAUCAACAACACCGCCAACUACCAUAGUACCUCCAGGUAUGUUGACGUAUGUUGACGCAAAUAUGAUUUUUUAGAUAAGUGCAUUAUUUCUAGCAGUAGUCUUGUUACUUGUGUUGUAAACCAGACACCACAAUGACGCAUUUUCAGUUUUAUGGACCUUAUAGAAUAAGUUAGUCGAAGCAACCGUUGCAUUACCUGGCCUGCUAUCCUAUGUAGUCGUAGUUGGUAUAGGACAGUAGUUAUGAAAGCCGGCAAACAUCACCGUUGAAACAACAAUUCUGUACUUUAUGUUGGAAGCUCCCUAACCGUGCACAAUCCUUUGUUUUUUUGUUCACAAAUUAUGACUGAAUAAAUUAUUGCGAUGUCGUCAUUGGUCAGCAAGUUCAAAAUUAUAGGGAUGCUGUUUAACGUUGUGCACGGUCAAUUAAAGAAAAGCUAACAAAAACAUAUAACAAAGGAGUCUAACAGGUUUCAUAACCAUUGCACUUUAAUAACUAUGGUGUAGUUCAGUAGACAUUUUACGUAGAAAACGUUUUUCUAUUUUUGUUAUUCUCAACAACUAACAACCUGUUUUUCUACUAUGAUCAAAAUUUCAUGUCACGUGUGAAACAACGUGUGAAAAAACGCGUUCUUUUCAGCACAUCAAAAGUAGCUGUACGUGUUUCGGUCAUUGAAAUGAUCUUUGGGCGCCGCAAAGUGAAAAUGUUGACCUUGGAAAUUUAGAUUUUGUCGAGUCUGCAAUUAGAAAUUUAUGUCCUCAAAAUUGUGAUGUCAUUUUCUCAACACGCCCGGCAAAACAAACCUAAACAGUGAGGAAACAGAAAGUGAUUUUCAAAGAGUACAUCUUCAUUUACUGGCAUCUACUGUACAGAGUCUAGCAGGUUUAUUGAACGGGAGUUUUUACCUAUGAAAGUGAGAACAUGAUGAUAGCGCCAUGUUGUUUUCCAUGUUGCACCCAAGUUUUGGCGAAAUCUCUCCUGAAUUAGAUGUUUCAUAAUUUCAGCGUUAAGUAAAAUAAAACAAAAAAAAUUGACUGCAUUGCUGCAUUCCUACGACACAAAAAGGUUUUUUUCAAUGAAACCGCUCAUCGUUCUACGGAAUAUCUUCCUUUUUUUUCAUUAUUUCUAUGAAAUGAAUUAAAAGGUAUGGGCAAAUUUGUCGGGUCAUUUGAAUGUACUAUUUGUUGCUGACAUAUUAACGGCGUUCCUACAUUUCGCUGCCUUUGAAUUCCUUAUAAACGUUCUAAAAGUCGGUAACAUGUUUUGUCGAAGCUAAAGGAAAUGUUCUAUGAACUAUUGUAUUUACAUUCACAGCAAUUUUUCGUCAGAUUUUAGUACGCCCUUCACAUUUACAUUUGUAUUCGAUAUAAAGGGGAAACUAAGACGUAACUCAAACAGCCGACCUCACACCGGACGAACCCAAUGUUAAUGAGCUAAGUCUGAUGUUUUCUCUCAUAAGCAGUAGGUUGGUAACACGUGACGUUCUACGCGGAACUCUGGUCUGGUUCUUGUUUUCCUGUGUGAAUGUACUUGUGUUAUGCUCUAUUACAGCUACAAAGACCACAUUACUACAUCCAGGUCCAGUGAUUUUAGUAUAUAUAUCAGCAACAAAUGAACAUAGAGGAGAACGUAGGAAACAUAAAUACAAAAUUAAUUUACUUACAAUCUCAAUGAAAGUCAAUUAUUUAUUCAACAGAACCCUCCGAAAUUGAGCUUUGGAUAAUCAUUCUUAUAGUUAGUUUAGUUCUUCUCUGCUGCUGCUGUCCACUUCUAUUGUUAUUGGCGGUAAGUGAAAACUUUAGUCAUACGAAUCCGUUAGUCCAGUAUAUUCUUUGUCUUGCAAGGCUGAAACAUUUUUGACAUGUGUUUGUAGUCGCAGUUAUAGGUUCCGCUUAACUGACGCAUGUUAUUGAGUCUUAAUUUUUUCUUUUAUUUUGCAAUAGUAAGGAAUAAUAAGGAUGACUCUCUGUUUCUAGGAAGAACUGUUUGAAUGCAGAGGUCCACGCAACGCGUAAAUAAAACUGACUAGUUCCUCUUGCCGGAUCUCUAAUUAAAGAGAUGCUGUAGCCAGACGUCACUUGAUGUGUAAAAUAAAACAAAACUGAAUGCAGAGCUGGUAAUGCGGCAAAGGGCUGAUUUAUUGUAGGCCAAUAUUUAAUUAGCCUUCCUAAGGGCCAGAGUUAUACCGAGAGAAAAUAUUUUUAACGACUCCUAAAAUUUAAAUUGGAAAUUUACAUAAGUGGUUAAGAAUUCUCUACCUUUAUAAAUACUAGAUAGAAUGAUAUACAGGCCGAAAUAUUGUCCUAUAAUAGAUCAGCCCUUUGCCGUAGUGCCAGCCUUGAAUUCAGUUUUGUUCUCUGUUUUUGUUUUUAAACCCUUUGUAAAACUGUGUUAAACUUAAUCAUUUCAAUAUGCGUAGGUCUCAUAAGAUGAUUAACGACACCGCAAACGGCGUAAUAUCUUAUAAAGUGGACCGUUCACUAACUAGUGCAUAUUUAUUUACUUAUUUGUAGUUCAGUAUAUGAGCCUUAUUUUCUCUUUCCUACAGCGGAGAUAUAAGCGCAAGCGUUCUCAAGAUGUAGUCAAUAUUAAUGACUUCUCUGAUUGGUAUGCCCCAGGUUUGCGGGCAAACGGCCAGUCUCCGGUAAGUAAUUGUAUAACGAACACUAAAUACAUUUUUUCAGUUUGUGUAAAUGGGGCGUGGCCCUUAUUUGUACCCAGUAAAUGUUCUUUUUUAAGGUAAGCUAAGUAAGUGGCGUGUAUAGUAUUUUAUGGCAUUAAAAAGAGAAAUUAAGAGCAAUAACAAAAUGGACGAGACAAAUUACAAAGAACAAAUGUUAAUUUGAAGAAAAGUAAAAGUGACGCUUUGAAGUGUCUUUAGAAUUUAACCGUUGAUUGAAAUGCUCUUAUACGGCUUAUUUUGUGGUAUUAAUCCUUAAAGACAAAUUUCUUUGGAUUGGUUCUCAUGGUUUCCAGACGGAGUCUCACAGUCACCAAUAAUACUAUUAUAAGUAAUGAAGGAAAUAAACAUGAUAUAUCUACUAAACAGCGUCAACAGAGAAAACGGGUUAGUUUUCAAGAUCGCAAGAAGGAAAAUAAACCAAAAUUUCCUAGCAUUAAAAUACGAUAUUACGCAGCAUUCUCAGAGACGCUACUUAAGAAUAAUUGGAGUCAUUUAUAACGUUCUUAUCAAAUAAUCUAUCACGGCUAUUGAAAAUUUAAGGUUUGAAAUACAUUUUCGUUUUAGUGGAAUUGAAACAUGCAGAAUUUUUUACUUCUUACGCAGAUUGUUUGCUAAACACCAAACUUUAAGUUCCUAGCGUUGGAUUUUCAGUAGCUGGUCCAGAUCACACAAAAUUCGGCUUUUUUUGUUUAUUGUUGUCAUAGUAAUAUCGAUUUUACUUAAAACUGCAUUUUCACAAAUUUCAAUCCAUAGCCAAUUACUGAAAAUUGAAAAUUUUGAAAAUAUCGGUAUGGCCUCUGAAAAACUGUAUCGAAACACCUUAAGGGUGUCUUACUAAAGUUGUCGCUUAUUGCAAACACUAUUCUUGAGAAACGCAAUUGGGGGUCAAAACUUAAUUUUGGCAUGCGCAGUUACUUCGUGGCCCAAUAAACGCUCAAGUUUGCUUAUGAAAUGAACGUAAAAAUGUGAAGUACUGUAUAAGGAUUAGUGUAGUUUGAAGAACUUUGAGAUUAUUCUAAAACUAGAAAGUGCGUUUUUCCGCCGGUAAUUUGCGACUUGAAAGUCUCUACCGCGUUUUAGAUGCGAACCUACGAUUUUAAAAAGAAUGAAAUAACAAACACAGCAGCAGAGGUUUUGAAGUUAUUGUAUGUCAUGAUAGCGACAAAAAGAAUCGAAAUAGCCUUUCAAAAAUUGUGGUGUAAAUUAUAAUUAUCGGAUUUUCCUGUCACUAUUUUUAAAUGGUCGUUUUUGCUCGCCUAAAUUGUAACAAGCAUGUAAUAGAUAUGUGUAUGAUUGAUGAGGAGAUGAUUCUCUACUCAUAACAUUCUUUUACUUGUUUUUUUUGCAGGCCCUUUUUGACGACUUAGUAAAUGAGGCGAUCAUUUAG